UGCCUCAAGAUUCAGCGAUGACAGAUACAGUGUUUGGCAACAGUACUGAUCGGUGGAUGUGUCCAAACGACAGAGCAAUGUCUCUCCGAGCCAAUGAAAAGGAGCAAGUCCCUGCCGGGUGGUCCGUACGCGGGAACCAGCCGGAGCGACCGCGGACACAGGAGGAGCUGACGGAUGAAGAGAAGGAGAUCAUCAACCGAGUGAUAGCUCGAGCAGAGAAGAUGGAGGAAAUGGAGCAGGAGCGCAUCGGGCGCCUUAUGAACCGCUUGGAAGACAUGCGCAGGAGCGUGGCGGGGGAUGGGGUGAGUCGCUGCAUCCUGUGUGGGGAACAGCUGGGUCUCCUAGGGUCUGCUUGCGUGGUGUGCGAAGACUGCAAGAAGAACGUCUGCACCAAGUGUGGGAUUGAGACGACCAACACUCGCCCUCAUUCGAUUUGGCUGUGCAAGAUCUGCAGCGAGCAGAGGGAGGUGUGGAAGCGCUCUGGGGCUUGGUUCUUCAAGGGCUUGCCAAAGCAGGUGCUGCCGCAGCCGAUGCCUGUCAGCAAGAGCAAGCCGCCGCAAGCUCCUAGCGAGCCGGCCUUGUCUGAGCCGUCCGCUCAGGACCCGAAGCUGUACUCUCGCAUGCAGAGUCGAGGUCCUGCGGACGCAGGGCUCCCCCCUGAGCAGGACUCCUACGGCGGCUCGGAGGAGAAGAGAGCAACAGGCAGGAAGCCAGUGAAACCCCGGGAGCCCAGCCAUGAUGCUGAGCGUGGCUACAGUUCAGAAGAGGAGAGCCCGGCUGCCUACAGAGGAAGGAAGGGGAUGAGACAAAGAGCAGAAGCAGGUGGCGAAGCGGUGGCGGCUGCUCCUGGGAGAGGAAGCUACCCCCCUUUGAGCCGUAAGCCGUCCGAGGCCAGAAUGGGCCCCAGUGGUGGCGAGUAUGCUGGCGGAGAGCCUGACCACUGGGAGUACUCUGCGGACAGCGAGGUCAGCUGGAGCCCCGGAGGUGUGAAACGGGCCAAUUCAGUUCAAGGCUCCAGGCCUCCUCCUCUGGCUGCCAGUCCCAGCCCUGCCGCCCAGCCAGCUCCUCCGGCAGCCAGCAGACAAGGCCCCGGUCCCGGGGGUAGAUUUCCUGAAAGACAAGUGAGCCAGUCGAUGGGUCCGCUUCAGGCCGAGCCCGGCUACUCGGCAGUUGCUCCCAGGGAUGAGAGAGGAGGUGGAGGCGGUUACCUGGGGGCCGUGGCGAGGGAGGAGAGGACCGCGCGCCAGCCGGCAGCGUAUCCACAAGCGGCUGCCAUGCCCAUGCCGUCCGCCCCUGCCCGUCAGCAACAGCCACCUCAGGAUGAAGAAGAGGAUGAAGCCAACAGCUACGAUUCGGAUGAAGCGACCACAUUGGGAACGCUGGAGUUCAGCUUGCUGUAUGACCAGGAUAACAGCUCUCUGCAGUGCACUCUCAUCAAAGCCAAAGGCUUAAAACCAAUGGACUCCAAUGGCUUGGCUGAUCCCUAUGUCAAACUGCACCUCUUACCAGGAGCCAGUAAGUCAAACAAAUUGAGGACCAAGACUCUGCGUAACACGCGGAACCCGGCGUGGAACGAGACGCUGGUGUAUCACGGCAUCACAGAUGAGGACAUGCAAAGGAAGACGCUCAGGAUCUCUGUGUGUGAUGAAGACAAGUUUGGCCACAAUGAGUUUAUUGGUGAAACAAGAUUUUCUCUGAAGAAACUCAAACCCAACCAGAAGAAGAACUUCAACAUCUGCUUGGAGAGAGUAAUACCGAUGAAACGUGCUGGGACAACCGGCUCGGCGCGUGGGAUGGCGCUAUAUGAAGAAGAGGUAGAGCGUGGCAGCGAAGUGGAUGAGCGAGGCAAGAUCCUGGUGUCUCUCAUGUACAGCACCCAGCAGGGCGGCCUGAUCGUCGGCAUCGUACGCUGUGUGCACCUGGCCGCGAUGGAUGCUAAUGGGUACUCGGACCCCUUCGUCAAACUUUGGCUGAAGCCCGACAUGGGGAAAAAGGCCAAGCAUAAGACGCAGAUUAAAAAGAAAACCUUGAAUCCUGAAUUUAACGAGGAGUUCUUCUAUGACAUAAAACACAGUGACCUGGCCAAGAAGUCGCUGGACAUAUCGGUCUGGGAUUACGAUAUCGGCAAGUCUAACGAUUACAUUGGUGGGUGCCAGUUGGGCAUCACUGCCAAGGGAGAGCGCUUGAAACACUGGUACGAGUGUUUGAAGAACAAGGAUCAGAAAAUCGAGCGCUGGCACACUCUACAGAACGAGAACCACAUUGCAAGCGAUUAGGAGUCUCUCGCCUUCCCCCCGCACAAGUCUGUCAUGAAUCCCCCUGCUCUCCUGCCAGCUCGCCGUAGAUCCCCUGUGUCUGUCCUCCAACACAUCCGCGCCUUGCGUGCGCAUCUUGGGAUCUCCUUGAUGCCAGCGUUUGCUCCGUUCAUCAUCCCCCUUCCAAAAAAACACCCGGAUCUUUUUUUAUAGGCAAAUCCAGCUUGCUUUCUUUUUUUCCGCUGACCAGCGAUGCAUAAUUCUGUCAAGCAAUAGCCCCGUGCUGAGCAUUUCCAUUUGUCUCUUGUUUCUCACUAGUCUCACCCGCCUCGUACAACGAUUGCCUUUUCUCCUUGUUGAAAAUACUUGCUUCUCGAGGUGUUGAUCCACCUGGGCACGCAUUGCUCCAUCCUCACUUUUACCCAAGGCUUUCAUUUGUAUGUCUGCAUGUGUCCACCUCCUUCCCCUCCUCCAUAUGUUCUCUGUGUUAACUGAAGUCCUUUUAGCAUCUGUUCUGGUCUGGAGGGCUCGCAGUCACGGAGCCUGCUGCAUUAUAUGGCUUUCAGCACUGAGCAUGGUUGAAAGCCGGUGUCACAACACUGGACGGUCCUGUUCACCUGAUAUCGAUACCUCAGUUGCAAUAAGGAACAAGGUGGUUCUGCUUUGGUUUUGUUAGAAACAUCACUAAGGAACUGCAUUUUCCCCGUCAGGCCCGCAGAAGCAACCCUGAGAGUACUAGCUAUUUGGCCGAAUGGGUACAUUUUAGCAGUGUUGUAGCACUAGCAAAUUGUGUGGCACAUGCUUUUGAGUUUCCACAGGAAGGAUCCCGCAGUAUUAUGUCACUUAAAAAACCCCAAACCUGCAAAUACAGAUCCACAAUCAUCUGGGAAACAAGAGAGAUCUGGCUUUACUGGACUUUUUUUUUUCAGAUGCAAUUAAUUUUAGAGCUAGAAAUGUUCCCACUCACUUCUCACCCCCUUCUUUUCGACUCGCGACUACCUCCCAUCCCACUCCAUGAUAUAGCAAAUAACUACGCCGAGGGCAGAACUGAUGAUGCCCGUGUGGGGUAAUAUUUCCUGUUCCAUCGUGAUUUCAGAUGGGCUCGUCUCACUGUGCCACGCAGAGGGGGGAAGCAGAAGGGGAACCGUUUCCCAAAGAGCUGAUGAAUUCAAACAUUGUAUCUCUUUCUUUUCAAGUAUCACAAUUAAUGAAAUUACCCUGGACAGGUAGAGGUCUUCCAGCUUCAUGUUGUGUUUUUUGUCAUCGUGAUGGGUUUCUUUGUAUUAUGCGCAAAAGAAGCAUUUUUUUUCUUUAACCCGUGCUUAAUUUCUUGUCUGCAGCUGUUUUAUUUCAUAUCAACAAAGGGAGAGUCAACAAGCUUUUGAAUUGAUAUUGAUGUUUUUUGUACCCUUCCGCAGCCCCUUCUGUUUUAUAUGACCUUCAAGUGUAGCACCGUCAAUGUUAGCACAAGAAAACACUGUCAGUCCGCUACAAACUCAGCAUGUCAAACAGAACUGAAAACCUCCAUCCUCGCCGUCGUCCCGCGCCGCCGCCUCCGGCGCCCUCUCGCUCUAGUCUUGGCCGUGGUGGUUUUGUGUGGUGUGUCCUGAAGUUGAGCCGCACCUUGAAGUCAUUAGGUUUACUUUUAUUUAUUUUUUUUACUUUGAUGGAUUUUUCUCCUCUCCUAGACUUUUUUUUUUCAGUGGGGUUUACUAGUCCUAGGAAUUUGCUAUGAACAUCUCUCUAAAGCUUUAACUUCCACAGCUAGAGGGAAAGCCUCUAUCCCGCAUGGGCUGUCACCAUCCUGUUUCGCCCGUGGCGUGCUCUUAGCAGACUCGAGGCUCCUUCUCCAGGACUCAAUCGGCUCCCGGGCUUCCUUGUGUCGCAGGCUGCGGGUGCAAGUCCCCGGGUGUUUGGGAAGAGCAUCGCUGGAUGGGAUAACCUCCGUCAUUACUCGUCACGCCGCUGUGGGCUCUGUGCAUGAUGUCUUUAAGCUGCUGUUAUGGUUUAUGGAUUGUUUCUUGUCCUCUCGUGUAGUGUGAUUCUUUUCCGCUUUUAAGCACAUAAGUGUGUAUCGUUACUGGGAGCAUUGGCUCCUGUCUUAAUUUAAAUGUCUCGGACAAAAUCUAGAUGAGUACUCUCCCUCUCUCUCUCGUGCAAGCUCUCUUGCCGUCUUUCCUCAAGGUUAAGAACAAUCAAUAUUGUUUGCCUUGUUCUGCGAAUGCCAACAAAGGCCCACUGCUCCUGUCUCUAAAAUACUGCAGUCUGCUCUGGCUCUGCAUUGGUCCCCAACUGGCCCUGCAAUGACGCCGAGCGCUGUGGGCACCAUCGCCUUUAGCAGUCCCUGUCAGCCAGAGGAGCCGUGUCUCUGCGGGAAGCUGAAUUUCCCCUGCCUGUGACCAACCCCAAGCCACGGGUUGGGGUAUCACUGCUCUCAGUCAAACCCCCGCAGCGCACAACAGUCUGAUGGUCACGUUAGGAGGCGCCAGGUGUCCCGCGGUCUUCAAAGCUGUGGCUCCUUCUGCGAUGGCCUGGACAAACCCUCCAGCUGUGUGCCCCUUCCCGUGGACUUUGUAGCCAAGCAAGCUGCUCGUUUCUCUUGCUUGCUGGCGGGUGGUGUAUUAACCAGGCCUUCAAUGAUACAGGUGAGCAUGAGGGUCAGCUUUCUGUUAUUUUCCCUUUUUUUUGCAUUGGCAACUGUUCCUUUUGGCCCUGCUCUUCCAUGUUACUGCCUCCUUUUCCUCCUCAAAGAGAUUUUCUUAGGCCACAGUUAGGAUUAAAUUGAAUGCAACCUGGCAUGAACUCCAUUCAUAAUGAUAAUAAUCAGAGUAACCUCCAGCAGUAGGUCACCCCUUCAUUCCUCCCCACCUUCCUUCCUCUCCAGAGCGUCUUCUGUAUCUGGGUCAUUUAUUUAUUCACUCAAGACACCUAGAGGGACAUUCGCAAAGGGCAUGAUGGGCCCUGUGCCCAUGGAAAAUUUAAAGGACCCUUGGUGGUGUUCUCUUCCAUCCCUAAUAGCUCUCCUGGAGUCUGGCACUGAUCAAAAUUGAAUCCCAAAGGCCCAAGUUAUGUCCAUCACAGCUGACCUGGGCUGAGGAUGGAGACUAGAACUGUUCUUUUUUCUCUGACUAUUUUUGAGUCCUGGCCGGAUUUUGCCUUCUCCCUACCAUCAUGCCAUCGUUGUGAGCGGUUCGUUCAACCGCUCACUUCUGAAGUCCUCUAAGUCUUCUGAACUAGGUACGUCCUUCUCUUCCAGUCCAUCCUUCCUUCCCCAGCUUCCAGAUUUGAUGCAGGUUUUGCCAUUUUACCUGAGAGAGAUGAAAAAACCAACUGCAACCAGGGCUGGUUUUCAACCUUGGAAAUAAUGCAGCAGUCAUUUGAGAACGGAAAUGGCCAGAGGUGUUCACAUGACUUCCCCUGGCCCUGCCAAGCCAAGCACUCUUCACGCAGGGUGAAAAUCAGGUUCACAGGUUAUAGUGGCAUAGCAUGAGGUUUUACAUGUUUUCUUCUAGCAUUUACAGCAUGCUUAGAAAUGGCACAGUACUUCUAAGGUGAGAUGGUGCGAACUUGGAAUGGGGACGCUCCUUCCAAAUAGGACAAUAGUAAAAAAUAUCGGCCAAAAAAGGCAAUCAAGCAAUGCUUUCCCUUCUUAAAGUUACCUAGCGGCUGUGGCUGCACCUGCUUUGUAUAAAGGCACAGAACAAGCAAACAAAGGUUGACUUGACCGUGGCAACUUCUCACCAUCUUCUGUCUUGACAGGCUCGACUUGUCUGCUUUACUUUUGAAGGAAUUCUAGUCGAGCCGUAUCCUUGCUCAAAAAACAAAACCAAAUCACCGUUUCCAACACCACUUUCUGAGUAUUGUGCACCUCUCAUCCAGCAUCUCCAUCCGCCCUGUAGUUUCCUCUGACUUUCUGUUGGCAAUCUGUGACCUGAACUAUUUUCUUUCCCUUGUAAAUAAAGCAUGCACUUAGAGAUCGGGAAUGGUGCAUAUGCCUCUUCUACCAGUGUUUGCAGAUUAACUCGCAUGCAGUGAUUUUACAGGCAAAAAUACCAGUUUACAACUAUUAAAAGGAAAAAAAAAAUGUAACACAGGAACUAGAACUACAACAGUCUUCCGCUGCAUGUAAUACCGCCCUCUUCUCUCGUCAUGUGAUAGCCAAUAAAGUAAAACUAUUGAAAGACAA